CCUCCUCCUCCUCCUCACCUGCAGCUCCCCGCCGCUCGCCGCCUCCGACGCACUGCCCGGCCUGGAGGACUUCAGCUACCCGUACCGCAGCAUCCUGUCCCCGCUGCUCAGAGCCCUGUCCGAGCACGGAGGGUCCAGGUGGGACUCAGGCCUGAMGGGGGGCAUGCAACCUGAGCACAGGUACGUGAAGUAUCUGACGCGAGUUUACAAGAAAACCUCCCGAGUGCGGAGGAGCACCGAUGGAGGUGAAGUCCACAACACCAUCAGACUGAUCAGAGCCCAGGAUGAGUGUCUGAGCCAGAGCAACAAGGGACCGUUUCUGCAGGAGUUGUCCUUCAGUCUGGAUCAAGUGAGGAGAAAAGAGCAGCUCCUGAAGUCAGCCCUGCUGUACAGUUUGGACCGUGACUUCCCGGCGCCUGUCCACUCCGCCUGUUACCUGAGCAUCAGGAGGCGCGACCAGUCCAACCYGUGCCAGGCGUGUGCCGCGGUCCACCACACUCUGAACUUCACCCGCAGCAGGAAGGGCAGCGGGAGCUGGGCGGAGGUCGACGUCACCCCGCUCUUUCAGCACUUGAACAAACAGCAGAAGAGCGUCCACCUGCUCCUCAGCGCCUCCUGCACAGAGCAACAGGGAGUAGGAAGCAACGGCUCCACGGAGCUGCUGAAGCUCCCCCUGAGGUCGCCUCCUCUCCUCCUCUACCUGAACGACACGAGCAAUGUCGCCCACCAGAGGUUGCCGCUCGACGCCGGCCUGGGCCGAAGGCCGCCUCGCACGUUUCAGAAGCAGAGGCGUGGGCUGAAGAAGCGAUGGAGGAGGGAGUCUCCAAAAAGCAAGCCAGGUGACAAAAGCCUGGACGCGCAGCUGCCCGAGCUCCUCACGAGCUCCGAGUUCCCAACAACGGACUGCGCCCUGUACGACUUCAGGGUGCGCUUCAGUCAGCUCAAACUGGAUCACUGGAUUGUCUUCCCCCCGAAGUACAACCCCAGGUACUGCAGAGGCAUCUGCCCCAGGACCAUAGGCUUCAUCUACGGCUCCCCCGUCCACACCAUGGUGCAGAACAUCAUCUACGAGAAGCUGGACUCCUCUGUGCCCAGACCCUCAUGCGUCCCCUCCCACUACAGCCCCCUCAGCAUCAUGACCUUCGAGGAAGACGGCUCCUACGUCUACAGAGAGUUUAAGGACAUGGUCGCCACAAGGUGCACGUGUCGCUAAGCAGUCAACAAAACUCUGACCAGGCUUAGUGAUGGCAUGAAUUUACCAAAGUGUUGCACAAAAAAUCUGAUCAAGAGCAGGUGUGUUUACUGAAACAAAGUGUUUUAUUACCAUGGUUUUUUUUCUUUUUGUUAAACAAUAGUUGCAAAACUGUUUAUUUCUUGUUCCUUGAGUUAACACAUUUGUCGUUUUUUAUGUGCAGCGCCUUUUUUCUGGACAAGAAGCUAACAGAAAAACAGUCACAAUGUCUUUAUAAAACCUUUUACUUUUUUAUUUUAUUUGUAACAUGCAGCUCUAUUUCUAACCUCCAUCAUGAAAUGUAAGGUUUUCACGUCUAUUUAUUACUUCAUGUCAGUAAGUGACUGCCUGCUUGUGAGUGUAUGUGAGCCAUGUGCUUGUGUUUGUACCAGUUUAAUGUGACCAAAUGUCUAUUUAUGCAAGUGGGAUGAAUUCACUGUGUUUCUGUGCUCAGAUUGUGAAUAUUCAAAAAGAUGACCUGUGAAAAGUGGGCAAAGAUUAAAAAAAAUA